UGGCAGACCUGGUGUGUGCUGUGUAUUGAAGAAGAGUAUGCUCCUGCACAGAGGAGCUUUCAGAGGUAGCAAGGUUGGAAUACGUUUUGCAACUCAAUUGCAGGAGUUGAGGGUGUUGUACAACUCUCUUUUAGUGUCACUUAUCUGGUAUGAGGCUCAUUGACUAAGAUCUAAUUAGUUGCCUGGCACUUCUGUGGCAAACAAGACAAUGGCUGCCAGCAAGAGCAAGAACCAGAGUUCCUUGGCGCUUCAUAAAGUAAUUAUGGUCGGCAGUGGAGGCGUGGGCAAAUCUGCACUCACUCUCCAGUUCAUGUAUGAUGAGUUUGUAGAAGACUAUGAACCUACCAAGGCUGACAGCUACAGAAAGAAAGUAGUUCUGGAUGGUGAAGAAGUUCAGAUAGACAUUUUGGAUACAGCAGGACAGGAGGAUUAUGCAGCCAUCAGAGACAACUAUUUUCGCAGUGGGGAAGGGUUUCUUCUUGUCUUCUCCAUAACAGAACAUGAAUCCUUUACAGCAACAGCAGAGUUUCGGGAACAGAUCCUGCGUGUGAAGGCCGAAGAGGAUAAAAUCCCUUUACUGGUAGUAGGAAACAAAUCUGACUUGGAAGAGCGCAGACAAGUGCCUGUAGAAGAGGCUAGAAGUAAGGCAGAGGAGUGGGGUGUGCAGUACGUAGAAACCUCUGCCAAAACUAGAGCAAAUGUAGAUAAGGUAUUCUUUGAUUUAAUGCGAGAAAUCAGAGCAAAGAAAAUGUCUGAAAACAAAGACAAGAAUGGCAAGAAAAGUGGCAAGAACAAGAAAAGCUUUAAAGAAAGAUGCUGCUUACUGUGAUGCUUGGGAACUGUAAAUAUCUAUCUCCAGGUGGCAUGGAUAAGAUACCACUAAGGAUAUAGGGCUGGAUUCAUGAAAGGAAGUCUGUAUUGACUCCCUUAUCUCUUGCUUUGCAUAUCAUACCUUCAAAAUGUGAAAACAGAACUUUGAAACCAUUUCUGGUAUCCAACAAAACCUAUGCCUAUGUAGACUGAAAUGGGCUCUGUCUUCCUAGUGUCUUUCAGAACUAGAAACAUGCUGAAUUUCAGAACUACAAUCAUUCUAUGUGGUUAUACAAAGUUCUUUUCGUAUUAACUUCCUGGUUUACUUUAAUGUCUCUCAGAAUGUUUCUCUUGAACCUCUACUGGCCUUAAGAAACGUAGCUGUUCAGGUUCAAACAAUUUUUCACUGUUGCCCUACUUGAUGUUGCAAAUGGCAGAAAAGCCAGAUGACAAUUGGUAAGAGUUUGAGUCUCCAUCUUCUGUUAGUGGUCACUGAUUUCUUAUGCUGAAAUCUGCUUUUUUCCUUCCUACGCUCCACUUAAAUAGCAACUGACACUUGAGUCAACUCAAAACAAAGUUUCUUCCAUGUUCUGUUUAGUCAAUACAGCAUUCAUGAAUCAAGCCUAUGGACUCACUUCAGACUUACUUAGGUAAUAAAAACUAUGAUAUUUAAAUACUGGUCAGAUGCAUUCCCCACUGGUCCAUCUUCUCAUCCUUAAAUUAGUGGUAUGGGGUGAGAAAAUGACUCAAGCCUUUCUUCAACAGGAAUAUACAUAUAGUGUUGUCACAGCCUCCUAGAAAUGUCCUGGGUUUCUUCCAUGUUUUGUGGCUAGACACGAUUGCACUCAUUCUACAUUGGUCAUCAUUCUCCUUCCUAGUACUGGAACAGUGAAAAUCAACGUUUGUGUUUUGUUUAUAUUAAAUCCACGAUCAUGUUGGAAGAGUGGGAACAUCUGCAUCCAUUCCAUGUCUUAUUGAAAACAGACCUCGAGUAAGGGUGGUUCACAACACGGUCAUGAGUUGGAGUAGGUGAGGCAUACAUGCUACCUCUCAGUGAUUAUUUGCACGGUUGCAGAAAGAAAAUGGAGUUAAGCAGUUGCCACAUCUGUUACUCACUAUUAAUUUUAUAUGUACUGUUUCUGAUGCACAGCAGCCUAGCACAUGGAGAUGCAUGUUGAGUUUUGCUGUUAGUUAUGCAAUGGUGGUCAUGUUUUAGUCAACAAAAAACAGCCUAAAAAUGGAAGAGAAGUCAUUUCUUAGCAGGUCCUCUUGUCAGCUGACUGAACUGUGUUUUCUGAUGCAGUUUAAAUUAAGUGCAGUUGCCAAAAAAAAAAAUACUUCUGUCCCUGUUGUAGAAAGUAACUGUCUCUUCUGUUUGUAGAGUCUCUCUCUUCCAUUUUGAAGGAGUAGGCAGUCUUGAAAAGUAGUGACUGUAUCUUGCUUUUUAACUAGAUGCUUAAAACACCCUUGGUGAAAGGAUAAUGCUAUGUGGUUGUUCAAUGAAGCACACUGCGGUACUAAAUUAACAAAUACUUUUUCUUGAGGUAAAGGAGUAGUAAAUACUGUUCUGUACUUCAUAUUGUAAUUUGAAGAUGAAAAACAUUUUUAACAUGUACUAGAUUGCUCUUGUGCAUUCAAUGUCUGAACUUUGGAGGAAAAAUGUUAGAUAUCAGAACUUCUGGUCUGAGGCUUUACAGGGACUUAUCACAAACUCAUCGUCUUCCAUAAUUAGUCUAAUGUGUCAGGCAACUCAUUGGAUUGGGGAAAAUGUACUAAAUAAAAGGUGCUGUAAUCUUCGUUCA